ACUAAACUCAGGACAAACCCGCUCCGGGCUCAUGACUAGUCCUCGGUUUGACAGAUCGGGCUGUAAAUUAGAGUUGUUAUUACACUUUGACUCUUUUAGGUAACAUUUUACACACUGUAGUUAGUUUAUUUAUGAAAAAACGCUUUUAUGUGAACCACGGAGCUGUACACGACCGAUCCACUGUCUUUUUCCGUAAUGUUAUCGUUAGCUGUGAGACUUUAGCCGUGCUGCUAGCCUUGUUUGGGUCAGAUUUAGAUCGUCCAAAACACGUUCUUUGAGUUGAAACAUUGAAUCAAGGUGAAAUAUAAAGCAAUGGUCCAGCCCCAGCCUGACGGGCCCAUGCAGUGGGACAUGUCUGCAGAGGACAGUGGACUCAGGGUUCCUCCGGAACUCGCAGCCAAUGAAGUGGUGACACGGCUCCUCUGUGACAACCAGCAGCUCAGAGAGGCCUUGCGGCGCAGUAACUUGGCCCUUCGUCAGCGCUGUGAGGAGAUGGAGGGAUGGCAGAGGAAGACGAAAGAGGAGAGAGAGUUUCUGAGCUGCAGGUUUCAGGAGGCGCGGGCCCUAGUAGAGAGACUGGCUCAGGAGAAUCAUUCUUUACAGAGUCUCAUGAACACACCGUCCCCCGGCUCCAGUCACUGCUGCAGCUCCAGUCACUGCUGCAGCUCCAGUCAGACAGAGGAGCAGAGAGCCAGGAACGGACCAAUGGAGCCCCCACAGACUUUGGAUUCACGAGAGAGGAAGAGAGUGGAGGAGACAGAUCGGCACACACAAACCACGCCACCACGCAGUCUGCCUGUGGAGGGCACAAAUGACGUCCUCCAGUUUUUGAAAAGCCACAAAGAGAAGCUGGAAGAAGGAAUGAGAGAUCUGAAGAGGAAGAACGAAGAGCUGGAGCGUGAGAGGGAGGAGGGAGAGAAAGAGAAGGAGAGGAUGAGGAGGUUUAUCGACCAGCUGAGAGGAAAACUGGCUCUGGCACAGCAAACCAAUAAUGUGACAGAGGAGCCUCACCAGCACCGCUCUGAGGCCCAGCACUCUUCAGACUGGUACAGAGAGCUGGAGGAGAAACUGGAUUAUUUACAGAAAAGUUCAGCUCAGAGAGACAAAACGGAGGCUCUGCUCAAACAGAAGGACAAAGACUGUGCACAGUUGGCCAAAGACUGUGAGGCUCUGAAGGCCCAGGUCACGUCUCUUCUGGGGGAGCUGAACGAGAGGCAGAGCUGGCUGGACAAGAGCGAACACGAGCGCAAAGUCCUCGAGGAGAAGUUGUGCAAUAAGCAGAAGGCCCUGCAGGGGUUUGAGCAGGAACUGGAGCAGCAGAGGAAACAGCAUAUUGUGGCCAGGGACAAACUCCUGCUUCAAACACAGAAUCUAGAGCAGGCUCUGAAGGCCGAGAGACAAGCAGUGGCAGAGGAGAAGAAAAAACUGACACAGCUACAGCACGCAUACACCUGUUUGUUCAGAGACUAUGAUACUAAACUCAAGGGGGGAGACCUGUGUGCGCGUUUAGAGGAGGCGGAGAGGGCUCUGGCUCUCAAACAGGACCUUAUCGACAAACUCAAGGAGGAGGUGGAGCAACAGAAGGCGUCAUUAGAGACUAUACCUGUCCUCACUGCACAGGCAGAGAUCUAUAAAGCAGACUUCUUGGCUGAGCGAGAGGCACGAGAGAAACUGAACCAGAAGAAAGAGGAGCUGCAGGAUCAGCUGAACCAGGCUCUGGGAGAAAUUGAGCGGCUCAAACAAGAGGCCACAUCACGCGCACGGAUCGAACAGAUGAAGCUGAGACACUUGGAUGAUUUUCCAGCUCGAGCGUCUCACAUUCCUCAGGCUCCAGGUGCGUUUCCGUUCCACACAGCCCCUCCCCCUUCGUCGUUCCGUGGUCAGGGCGUUGCCGUGGGCGACCAGGCGUCGGCGUCAGAGGAGAUCCCCGACCUCUGCUGCCCCAAGUGCAAGUACCAGGCUCCAGACAUGGACACGCUGCAGAUACAUGUCAUGGACUGUAUCACCUUUUAACCACCUUUAUAUCAUCCUCCCAAAACUGUCAACUACAAAUACAAAUACACAACCAAAUCAGGAACUCUCAAGUACUGUGCCUCUGCUAACACUGUUACGCCCCGUUUAGUCUGAACCAGGACUGAACCAGGACUGACGCAGGACUGACGCAGGACUGAGGCAGGACUGAGGCAGGACUGAGGCAGGACUGAGGCAGGAUUGAACCAGGACUAAACUAGGACUACAAAAAUAGUACAUCCAGACUAGACCAGGGACUAAACUAAGAAUAAACUAAGACUGAACCAAAGGCCUAAACCAGUGAUUAAACUAGGACUAAAACAGUACUAAACCAGAAACUUAAACAGUAUCAUAUCAGGGAAUAAACUAGGGACUAAACCAGAGACUAAACUCGAGACUAAACCAGGACUAAACCAGAGACUAAAACAAAACUUGGACCACACUAAACCUGCACUUAAAAACAAUUAAACUGCGACUAAACUAAACCAGAACUAAACCAGGAUAACAAUCACUGACAACAAUGAGCCAAACCUCAUAUAAGAAAACAAAAUUCUCUCUUCUUUUCUCAGAUUUGUCAGGGCUGCCCGUGUUAGUGGAGGCGCAGUACACAAACCUGCUUUAUCUUUGGUAUUCUGCAUUUUCCAUAAAUGACAUGUGAAUACAGACGAUCAAUCCUUCCACACUUCAUAUAGCCAAAAUAUUAUCCUGUGUGUCAGAUGCCCUCCCGUCCUCCUGUAUCCCCGUAGUGUUAGAGUGAGAUGGCGGCAGGUCGUAUGUCUCUAGUUAAUCUGCAGAUGUUGUAAUGCGCCAGAUGCCCUUCCAGACAUUGUGGUGUGGUUGGAUAAGUGGACCUUGACAUGACAUUGUAAAAUUCUAAAACAAUUCAUAUUCAAAUCAGUAUUUCUCAUCUCUCCUUUUCUUGGGUCACUUUAUCGAUGCAGUUUUGUAGAAAUGAAGAACUCUCUGUGUGUAGUGAAGGUAAUUAUGGACAGCCUCAUUUAAAUCAAUAGGUUGUGUUCACUGCCAUUUUAAAGGACCUAUAGUUUCACCUGAGCUGAGACAGGGCCAACUCUCAGGUGGAUUUUGCUGUGGAAGUGUCAGAUGCAAAUUUGUUGACCUGGUUUAUGGUUCAUAUCUGUAAGUCCUGGGCCUAUCCACAUGAAACAAAAACUGUCACAAAGUUCAGCAUCUUCUCUGUCAGGAGAAAUAAACAAAUGUCUAAUGUUUUUAAAAAAAUAUCUUACCUGUAUUUUGGUCAUUAGAUCUAUAACAGGUCUCCAUGAACUGUCUAAUGCUUUGUUAUGGAAUAUUCCAGGCACAAUAACAUCUCCAUGGAUACAACAAAUAUGUAGCGGUUUUCAUUAAUGUAUUUUAAAGAAGGAGGCAUUAUGCAAAAUUGACUUUUUGGAGAUUUAUACCAGAUUCUAACGUAGUUCCUUCAUCAGAAAUAUGUCUUAUGUAUCAUCCAUGCAUGUCUGAGUAAUCUAUCGACCUCUCCUGGGCUCUGUUCAAACCCUCCUUACAGUUAGCUGUAAGAUUCUGUGCAAGGCUCCACCCACAAGUCUACAUCAGCCUCAGCCAUGCUCCCACACGGCCAUUUUUCAUAAAUAUUCCAAAAAACAUAAUGCAAAACAAUACUGUACCACUACAACAUGAUAAACCUGAUGUGAUGUGCAGUAGUUUCAUUAGCGGGAUGCAUGCUGUUGUGUUGUGUUGUGAUAGUGCUCUGAAGGGGGAGUGACUAGUGCAGAGAGCAAAGGGAGGGGAAACUCGGAGUGUCAAAAAAAUGACACUUAUAAAACAUAUCAAUACAUUGUUUUCACUGUGUAUGGCAUUUUCAAAACAAUCAAAGAUAACAUGGUGAUGGAACUCUGUUAAUGCCCCAGAGAAGUGUAAAAGCUUAAAGAUUUCAUUCAUAAAUUGUGUCUCAAUCUUGCCCUCCAUCAUAAUUUUAAAAUGUGAACACAACCUAUUGUUCAACACCACUAGAACAUGAAUGAAACUAACCACUAGAUAAAAUAAUGUGAAACGUAGUUAGUGUUUUAAAGGUGGAAUUGGUGGUAAAUGUUGCGUGUCUUUUUACCUCCUGAACAUGUCCAUGUGUUUGACAUGUGUUUACAUCACAUCACUGCCCCAUCGACACGGAGUCUCAAGACAGUGGGAAGGACCAGGACAAAACCAGGACUGCUAGACUGGGUCUUACACAAAGGCUAAAACAGGAAUGGACUAGUACUAAAACAGCUCUAAAACAGGACUAAAGCAAAACCAGAACUAAACCAGGGCUAAAAUAUAGACUAGGGCUAAAACAUUCUGAACCUAGAUCAAAUCAGGACUAAACCAGGUUUUAAUAGAGGACUAAAUUUGACUAUUUAGAGCAGGACUAAACCAAAACUAAACUAGGACUAAAUGUGGACAUAACCAAAAUGACAAAAAUAUGAAGGAACCAAAGAUGAACAUAUCAGUAGACCUGGACUAAACCUGGUCUUACCCUAUAUGAAAACAAUGACUAAACUAAGGACUAAACCAGGACUAGAUUUGUCCCUGGUCCUCGCCCCUCUGUUUGAGACCCCUUACUUGUAUUGCCUUUCUGUGCUCUUGAUUUCUGCAUUUGUGGCACUUUGCGAUUUCUCUGAAUGUACCUCCUCCUCCACAGUCCGUGAAUUUUAUCUGUAAUUCUAAAAAAACUGGUGCAAAUUAAUGUCAAACUGUCAACGAUGUAUGUAAUAAACUAUUAUUCUUUUGAAGCA